AUGGCCCCCAUCCAACCCGAGAUCCUCUGGGCUCAGCGCAGCUCCGACACCGAGCCCGAGCGCAACGUCGUCUUCCUCACCAUCAACGCCCCCGAGCUCGACCCGGACUACCACCUCUCGGUCGAGGGCAACCAGCUCACGUUCCGCGGCAAGACGCACCAGGUCGACAACUCGCGCGGCACGGCAUCGACCAUCGAACCAAAGGAGUACGAGUGCACUCUCACCCUCUUUGCCGACGCGACCGAGCGCUCGCGCGCCCUCUCGGGCAAGUCGCUCCAGGUCGUCCUCCAGAAGCGCGACGCAAAGCAAGAGUACUGGCCCCGCCUCGUCGCCGACAAAGGGCGCAACAACCGCAUCCGGAGCAAUUUUGACCUGUGGCGCGACGAGGACGAGCAGGAGGACGAGGACGACGACAAGGCCGACCAGUUUGGCGGCAUGGGCGGCGCGCCCGGUGGCGGCAUGCCCCCCGGCAUGGGCGGCAUGGGCGACAUGGGCGGCAUGAUGGGCGGCAUGGGCGGCAUGGGUGGCGCCGGCGGUCCGGGCGGCAUGGACUUUGCCUCGAUGAUGCAGGGCAUGGGCGGCGGCGCCGGCGGUGCUGGUGGCGCGGGCGGCAUGGACUUUGAGAAGAUGAUGGAGCAGCUCAAGGCGAGCGGCAUGGGCGGCGCUGGCGGCGCUGGCUUUGGCGGCGCCGAGGGCGACGACGAGGGUGAGGAGGGCGAGGACGAUGACGAGGGGCCUCCCCCUCUCGAGGAGGCCUAA